AUCUCAAUCAGACUUUUGCUUUGCAUCAAGAAUACACAUCGCAACAGCUCUGCUAUUAUUAACGCUAAAUCACACUUCGAUCUCGGGUCAACCAACAUUCUUCCACGCUCAUCAUGACUUCAACUUACGACAAUCUUCCUCUUCGUGUUGUCCCACACCUUGUCGACGAAAUCGCAGAGACUGCUCCUGACACUAAAUGGGUCGAGGUACCACGAAAUGACAACAACCUUCAAGAAGGUUACAAGACUCUGACCUUCGGGCAACUAUCACAAGCCGUCAGCAAAAUGGCUCGCUGGAUCGAGGACACUGUUGGCACAAGCACUUCAAGGGAGACCAUCACGUAUAUGGAUCGUCAGAACGACAUCAGAUACAUCUUUGCGAUUAUCGCUAGCAUGAAGACUGGUUACAAAGUUCUCCUGGCCUCAACACGCAACAGCGAGGAGGGUCAGCGUGCAAUCCUCCAGCGUACACAAAGCAAGAAGUUCCUGCAUGGACAAGGCAUGAGAGAAGAGAUUCUAGCCCUUCAGGAUGAGAAGACGCCUAUCGAAGCCUAUGAAGUCCCACCUGUGGACUACUUCUUCAACAAUGAAAAGGUGGAGCAUUACGAAGGCAUCGUGAGCACUGAUCCUAACGAAAUCGUCGCCAUCAUCCAUACUUCUGGUUCGACCGGUAUCCCUAAGCCGGUCUACCUCCGCAAUGGUUAUCUCGCCUGUCUCGAUCGCAUUCGUCAACUUCCUGUUGAGGGCGGUCGUCAAUCGAGAGCACAAAAGUUUGUCGGCACCGACAGAGCUUUCUGCAGUCUGCCAUGGUUUCAUGCUAUGGGCUUCUUCAUGGCACUGAGAUCGAUCUACGCGCAAGGUCCUCUGAUUCUACCUCCUGCAGGGCGCUCGCCUAACGCUGAUCUUACUCUUGAGAUCUUGCAAGUGGCCAAGCCAGAGACAGGCUUCUUCCCUCCCGCGAUUCUUGAGGAUAUUGUGGACGCACCUGGUGGUAUGGAAACUCUUUCCGAGCUUUCGUUCAUAUUCUUUGCUGGAGCACCACUUGCUCAGGAGGUUGGUGAUCGUAUUGCCGAGACCACUCAGAUCCAGACCAUCAUCGGUUCUACCGAGGGCACUUUCUGGGAUAGCUACAUUACCGAAGACCGUGCCGACUGGGGUUGGUUCGAGUGGUGUGAGCACACCGGUGCUGUCAUGGAGCCGUCUGGAGAUCUCUUCGAGAUGGUUAUCAAGCGUGUGCCUGGAAAUUCUGUCCAAGGCGCUUUCUGGAGUUUUCCCGAGCUCGAUGUGUACCGUACCAAGGACUUAUACGAGGAACACCCGACCAAAAAGGGGCUGUGGAAGUACAAGGGCCGUAACGAUGAUGUGAUCGUCUUGAGCAAUGGUGAGAAGUUCAAUCCUGUCAUGUUUGAGAAAGAUGUAGAAGGCCACCCUGCUGUCAAAGGUGCACUUGUUGUCGGCCAAGGUCGCUUCCAAGCUGGUCUGAUUCUGGAGACCAACACCAAGACCGACCCUGAGGCAUUCCUUGAACAGAUCUGGCCCACCGUUGAGAAAGCCAACGAGAAAAUGGCUGCUCAUGGUAGAGUUUGGAAGUCUAAGAUUGCCAUUGCCAAUCCUCAGAAGCCAUUUCAAAGAGCUCCAAAGGGCAGCAUCAUGCGUCGUAAGACUAAUGAGCUCUAUCAAGCUGAAAUCGAGGCGCUGUACUCCAACGAAGGCUCUGCCGAGCAUCUGGGACAACUUGACGUCAACUCUGACGACGCUGCCAUUCUUGACUUCGUCAAGCAAGCUAUUCGUCUUGCUUUGCCCAAAGUCUCAGAGAGUCUUGAGAACGAAAGCAAUGACAUUGACUUGUUCUCUUUUGGCAUCGAUUCACUACAAGUUCUCGCAUUGGCAAACACCAUCGGCUCCUCCUUGCCCAAAAAAGAAUGCUCGCGUGACGCAACCUUCAAGCCUCGUAUGGUCUACAGCAACCCAACCAUUAACGCUCUGACCAAUGCUAUCAACAAUCUUCUUCGUGGAGGAAGUGCCAACGGAGCUCCGACCAAGUCUCGUGAGCAAAACAUGGAUGAAGUCAUCAAGAAGUAUACACAGAACUUGCCUCCACCUGUGGGGUACGAUCCACGUCAACAGAAGCAUGCUGUGGUUCUUACUGGUAGUACUGGCUCUCUCGGCAACUACCUGCUCGAGGAGCUGAUUACAAAUCCUGCAAUUGCCAAAGUGUACUGUCUCAACCGUUCUGAUGCCCAGAGUCGCCAGAAGCGCAGCUUUGAGGAGCGUGGUGCCACUCCAGACUUCUCAAAGGUCGUCUUCCUCCAAGCCUCCUUUGGCAAGGAGCAAUUUGGUCUCUCCAACGAGGUCUACCAACAGCUCCAGCGCGACGUCGACAUUUUCAUCCACAACGCUUGGGCUGUGGACUUCAACAUGGGCCUCGAGUCCUUUGAAGAGACCCAUUUGAUGGGCACCCGUCGCGUGAUUGACUUUAGCGCUUCAGCUCAAUACCAUCCUCACAUAAUAUUCAUCUCCUCGAUCGCUAGUACUGGUAAUUGGUUGGGAAGUGGACACUCCGGUUUCGUUCCCGAAGUAUUCAUGCAAGACAACAGUCUUCCCUUCCCCCAAGGCUAUGGCGAAAGCAAACACGUCGGAGGCGCCAUGCUCGCCCUCGCAGCCGAGAAGUCUAACAUUCCUUGCACAAUCGUACGUGUAGGUCAACUCGCCGGCCCUACAGCCGAGAAGGGACUUUGGAACCGUCAAGAAUGGCUACCUUCUAUCGUUGCCUCUUCCAAGGCGAUCGGUAGAAUCCCUCGUACGUUGGGCAAUGAAGACAUUGUGGAUUGGGUGCCUACAGAUGCUGCGGCCAAGAUUCUUAUCGAUCUUACACGUACACGUUUGCGUACUCAAGCUGUUAAGAAACUCGACACUUUCCACCUUGUCAACCCUUCCAUUACACAAUGGCAGGAUCUCGUCCCAGGCGUUGUGGACUUUUACGCUUCUCAGGGUACUGAGAUUGAGAUUGUAGAGUUCAGGGAUUGGCUUGAUGGGUUGAGCAAGUUGGAGAUGACGGAGGAAGUUGUGGGUAAAGUGCCGGGAUUGAAGUUGAUGGACUUUUACGAGGGACUGGCUGUCGAGGAGGGAAGUCUGCCUAGGAUGUCUACUGAACAUACAGCGGAGGCUAGCGUUACGUUGAGAGACUUGGGACCGGUGGAUCGCGAUUUGAUGGUCAAUUGGUGCAAGCAGUGGCAUUUUUAGACAGAUCGGAAAGGGUUAUAGAGUUCUCAUAGAUUAGCGAGCGUGUAGCUGUAUUGCAACAUCUUCCAGCGACACCUUCCCAAUUUGUGGUCCUCAGUCGAAACAUGGUCAUGACAGAAGCUUGUCGAAUCGAAGCAUUGCAUUCGUUGUAGAUAUCUCAGACUACCAUACAGAAAAUCCAGGGAUCAUCAAAUCUUAUUGUCAUCAUCUCUCUAUCGUUGAGGAAUACCAGCACCGGUAUUGUGUCCAUGGCUUGAAGAGGUGGUAUCAUGAUGUUCUUGGCCAGCAGCCUCCUUGUCAGCCAAGCCCUGCAGGUGGUCGGUCAUCUGGUUGCUAGUAGCAAUGAGGAGGUUGAAGAGAGCCUCCUGGAUGGAGUGGAUACCGGGGCCUCCGGCGAGGAGGGUGCGGUGGGAGGAGCCGUCGACGAUGACGG